AACAAAAAAUAAAUUGCAACCCGGUACAAUUUUUUUUAUGAAUAAAAUACUUUCAUUUUAGUCGAGGAGUCUGCGCUUCAAUAUUUAAAUAGGCGAUGGAAAUCGCAUUGGAAGUCGCUCUUGGAAAAGUCGCCAUGGAAGUGAUUCCAUUGGAAAUUUCCAAUGAUUUUUCCCACUCCAUUUGUCACUCCAUUUCUGACGUUUGUACUACUUUUUCUUGGGAUAAAUUUUUUGGACAAAUAUUUUGCAAAUAUUGCUGCUGUGCGGCGAGUGCAAAGUGAUUAAAGUGCUUAAAAGUGGACACUGAGUGUAAGAAAGUGGAUGUACAGUGGAAUUUGUGGUGAAGGACACGGUGGAAGUGGAUUAGAGAUGGAGAUCUGAAGCGACGACGAUCGGAUAGGAAGCAGAUAGUAGCACGAAGGAAUUCUAGUGGAGCGACUGAGUUGGUCGUAAUGAAUAGUCACGCGACAGCACUGAAUUUGCAAUCAUCUGGCCAAACAGCUGUUGUCGGUCACCAUCGUGGUUUCUCUCAGGUUUCAGCCAGCACUGGUGGCGGUGGCUCCACAUCGGGCGACUGUCCAUGGUUUAUGGCAGCUCAUCAGAUGCCACCAACAGCACCAAUUCGCCAGCACAAACGUCCAGCUCCCCAACCGGGUGUUCUUCUGCACACUCAACCACAAUCCAACGCCACCAAGCAUCUUCCCCAGAUGUCAAAUCCUCCGCCUCAGGUGCCGCCACAUUCUAAUGUGCAACAAAAUCAAAAUCCUAUACACCUGACCAAUCACUUGCACGCAAAUCAACAAAUAACAGCGGCUUCGAAUGCAGCCCAUUCGCCCAAGUCACCGAAUCUCCAGCCAAUGCAUCCACAUCAGACAAUUCCACCACCAUCUGGCACCUCACUGGCCAACUCGAAUCUCAUGUCAACAUCUCUCAAUAGUGUCCAGUUGACGAGUCAAAUAGCCGGCAAUGGAGCACCUCCCAUGGCAGGAAACAAUCAUAUGUCCGGACUGGCCGUACUUACAGCAUCGGGUCCCACUGUUCCGAUGUCAAUGUCUUCAUCCCACAGUGGUAUAGUGUUUGACAAGGGAAAUUCUUCCACGUGGAACAGUGCAUCAUCACUGUCGCCUACAGUACCAUCGAAUCAGAAGAAAUGUGAAGUGAAAUUGAACGCAAUGCCAUGGUUUCAUGGGAGCAUAACGAGAGAUGAGGCAGAACAUUUGCUACAGCCACGCGAAGAUGGACUCUUUCUUGUGCGAGAAUCAACAAAUUUCCCUGGUGAUUACACACUGUGUGUGUGCUUCCAGGGAAAAGUUGAGCACUAUCGUGUUAAGUAUUUGGAGAACAAAUUGACAAUAGACGAUGAGGAGUACUUUGAGAAUUUGGGCCAAUUGGUGCAGCACUAUGAGAAGGAUGCCGAUGGAUUGUGUACACAAUUGAUCAAGUGUCUACCCAAGAAGGGUAAACAGGAGUUUUGCAUAAAUUCCAAGGAUUUCCUAGAUAAGGGCUGGGUGUAUCCCGAAAGUGACAUUCAAUUGCGCGAGAGCAUAGGAAAGGGGGAAUUUGGGGAUGUAAAACUUGGUAUUCUGAGGGGUGAGAAGGUGGCCGUGAAGAUGCUCAAAGAUGAUGGAGCUGCUCAAAAAUUCCUAGCAGAGGCCUCAGUUAUGACAACACUGGAACAUGAGAAUCUCGUGAAAUUUAUCGGUCUAGUAUUCACCAACAAGCAUAUUUAUCUUGUGACGGAGUACAUGAGCAAGGGAUCCCUUGUUGACUAUCUUCGUUCGCGGGGUCGACAGCACAUUACACGAAAAGAUCAAAUUAAUUUUGCAUUCGACACAUGCUCGGGAAUGGAGUACUUGGAGUGUAAGAAAGUGGUUCAUCGUGAUUUAGCAGCCCGAAAUGUAUUAAUUUCGGAGAAUUGUGUGGCCAAAGUGUCUGAUUUUGGAUUAGCACGUGAGGAGUGCUACAACUUGGACGUUGGCAAAUUGCCAAUUAAGUGGACAGCACCAGAAGCCCUCAAAGGAGGGCGAUUCUCCAAUAAAUCCGAUAUGUGGAGUUUUGGGAUACUUCUCUGGGAAAUUUAUUCAUUUGGACGAGUUCCAUAUCCGAGAAUUCCACUGGCGGAUGUUGUAAAGCACGUGGAGGUUGGCUACAAGAUGGAAGCUCCAGAAGGUUGCCCACCGGAAAUAUACGAGAUGAUGCGUCAAGCGUGGGACCUGAAUCCGCAAAGGCGACCAAAUUUUGGGGAUUUGAAAGUGAAGUUGCUCCAGUUGAAAAAUGCCACCACGUGAAUUUCUAGUUUGGUUAUUGCUUUUAUUUUUGAUAAAUGUUUUUUUUAUACCAUCUUUUGUGACUCAGAGAGGCAAAUUUUAUUUAAUCUGCCUUCAUGUGUUUUGCUACCAACGCAAAGAAAUUCAAUUAUUAAGAAGUUAUAAAGUGAAAAGACAAUUUUUUUCUGUGCCACGAAAUCUAUCGAGAUCACUUUUUUUCCUUCAAUACUUUUCACGGUGUUUUUUUUUUCUGUGUUAAUUGAUCAAAAGUGUGUUGGUUUUAAGUAGCGCAGGAGUUAUAGAAAUCAAGGAAGUAUGCAACAGUAGUGACAAUCACAUAAUCUCUUCAAUCAUUUUCAGCUGGCAGACAAUCUUAAUUUAUGUUGUACAUUGCAAAAUCUGUCUCUUAAUCUCUUCCAUGCGUUAUCACAUUUAUUAAUGUUUUUUUUGUUUGUUUGAAAGAUGUAAAUUUUAUUCAGGUGAAAUUUUCUAAUUGCCUCCAAUUAUCUCGUGGUAAGGUAAAAAGUUUAUAAAAAAAGUAUAUGCAAAACUCGUGCUGAGAUUAACAUGAAAGUUUGAAUUCACGGCAAUAGAUGAGUUAAUCGUGGUAUUAAAACAUAUAUAUUUAAAAAAAAAAUGGCAAAAUUAUUCAUAAUCAUACAUUGGAAUAAAUGAAAAUAAUACAAGAAAUAUUGGAUAGAAAUUGAUGAUGAGAAAAAUAUUCAAGUACUGACAUCUCCCCCCCCCCCUCCUAUAUUUAUAUAUUUACUAUUUAGUAAUAUAAUAUGAUAUUCAUAUUUGUAACUAAUUAAUUAUACAAUUUAACAAGGAAAAAACACACAUUACAAAAUGGAUUUAAAAGAAAGAAAAUGAGAGUAAUCAUUUAGAGAUGAUAGGUGUAAUAAUUAAGUAAUGGUUCAAUGCAGAAUAUAUGAAAAUAUUUUUUAGACGAUUCGUAUAUAUUAGUAAUCCACUGUGAAGGGUGUUUUAGGAUAACACUAAAGAGUUCAAAAGUAUUGUGUCAGCAAAUAUGUCGAAUUUUAUAUUUUCAGAUGAAACACAAUCAACACACGGUGAAAAAAAAAGAAACUGCCUAAAUAAUUUCAGCGCAAAUAUUACACUUCCAUACAAAAAAUGCUAUUGCGUCUUUGUUGGUACCUAUUCCUUUUGGCUGAUUAUCUUAAUAUUUAACGUCAAUGUGUCAGAAAUUUAAUUUAGAAGCAAUGUUCUAUCUACAAAUAAUUGAAUAUUACAUUCCACUAAUAUUUUAGUUCCGUUUCGUUAUCCAAUUGGCUGGAGCUUUCAAGGCUUUUAAAGCUCCAGGCAAUCGUAGAACGUAACAGGACUUAAACAUUUAAUGAGAAUAUUUGAUUAUUUGUGCAUAAUGUUUAAAAUAUCUUGAUUUCAUCCAAUAAUUCCGCACGUUCUGCAAUUUUAACAAAAUAUCAUAAUUUUCCCAAAAAUCCUUUAUGAUAAGAAAUUAGAGAACUUAAGCCUUAUGGCUGAAACUUUUACGUGUUUCAGACUGGAGAUUAAGCCCAAUUCCCGAGUAUCUCGAAAUUCCAAAUAACAAGCCAUUUUAGUAGUUUUUUAAAAUCUAUUGGAUCAAGUCUCUUUUUCUCUCUGGUCAUACCUAACUCCUUCAGCUAAUAUCUCUGCGAAGCUAAUUCUGAAUUACAAAACAUACAACCUCAGAAGGAAUUUUUCCAUCGUUUUGUCUUGGAGGUUGGUCUCGACGCUAAGACGGCGAUGGCCGCACGGGAUGAACGUUAAAAGAAAGAUAUGAAAUGAAUAUUGGAUAAUGAGCUAGCGUAAUGUAAAUGUAUAUUCUAUGAGGAUACCUCCGGUGAUCGCCCGCCGCGCCUGUGGAAAUUUUGUUUCACCUGAAGAAAAAAGACAAAUAAUUAUGAUUUCCAAGCGGGGAAAUCAGAAAGUUGAAAAUAAAGAAGACUUCUUGCUUCUUUCGAUGUUCACUUUAUUCUAUCCAAAAUUGUGUUUUUACAUCUUAUAUAACUUUUGAGCCACUGCUCAAGAUCUCUGUGAUUCAAUAGUGAGAAUAAUGAGAUCACCAUUUCCUUGUGGUUCAUUAAUGGGUUCUCAGAAUUUCUCCCUUUUAACUGAUCUAAGUGCAGAAGACGAUAAAAGUGUCAACUUCUUUUAAUUUAUUCUCAACUCUAAUGAGUCUUCAAGAUUUUAAAUACAAAAUGGAAUUAUUAUAAAAACCUAAACUUUGAAAGACGUAUGUUCUCUUUAUCAAGUAUCGAAUAUGGCAGGGAUAAUCACGUACAGGCGAGAAUUGUUACAGUACACUUGGACUUGGAUCACAACUUCUGCAGUAACGUUCAGCAUUCAACUUACGGAUACAGAACGUACGUGAUUUUCCCUUCCACAUUCAAUACCUGAUGAAGAGGACAUUCGUCUUCGAAACGUCGUCGUAGAGAAUAAAAUUAUGAAAAUCAAGAGAGGUUCAGUGUUAUCGUGUAUCUCCUGUUAAUAUUUAAAGUCGAAAUUUAAAAAAAAAAUCUUGUCUGAUAAGAAAUGAGAGAAGUUAAGCCAUACGGCUGUACUUUAUAUGGGCUUCUAACUUAAAGCUUUGCCGCGGCAUAACUGCUAUAAUUUCUUACCAAACACGAUUUUCUGGAAAAAUUUAACUUAGAAUUGGAUUAUUAAAGAUCAAAUUGCCUGCUAUUUAGGAUUAUGAGAUCUUCGGGUACUGGGCUAAACCUCCAGUCUGAAGACCGCUUUAGACCUGAAGACCUUUCUAAUAGAAAGAGUAUUUGGGCAAGAUGGGUUAACUUGAAAUCAUGUCUAAUUUAGAACUUUGAGUUUCUUUAAUUGAGUUUCUGACAGUUUUAGAUGACAAAAGAAAAAAAAAACAACGAAGUGCUCUCUAUUGUAAAGUUUUGUACUUCUUCGUGGUUUUCUUUUUGUCUUUGACCAUCUAAACAGUAAGAAAAUCUCAAAAUUCCAAAAGAGACACGAUUCCGAAUUGCCCCAUUUUACCCUAUGUUUCUUCAUUAGCUUCCAAAAUAUUUGAGAGAAUUUUAAUAAGCACAAUUGCCAGUCUUGGCCUGACUCAUGACCCGUCCUUAUUCGAAUCUAUUAUAGGGGCUUCAGACCUAAGGCUUAAACAGUAUUGCCUAACUUCUCUGAUUUUUUAUCAGUCAAGAUUUUCUUUAUAAAAUUUUGAAUUAGAAUUGGAUUUUCUAAAGUUAUUACAUAUUAGAUGAUGAAAGACCAAUAGAAUUACUUCUUAUUUAGGAUUUUGAGUCUUUUGGGAACUGAUGGGCUAAACCUCUAGUCUGAAGACCAUUUUACGUACUACUGUUCUUCAAUUCAGGCAUCCUUAAUAAAACGCCGCCCCUAAUGAUUUAGCUUAUGGAGAAGCAUUUCUGCCGUUUGGCUUUGAUGGCUGAUCACCAAGGCUAAGACGGCGGUGGAUGUAUGGCAUGUAUGGUAUUCGGGGGUUAUGCGAAGUUGAAUAAAAUUAUUAUUUCAAAAGGAUUUAUGAUCACUCUUUAGCUUUUAAUGACCAAAAUGAAAUUUUUAACACCGAAAAUGAAUUUUUGUCUGACGAUUUUGACUUAUUUAUAAAAAUGUUUAUUUCUCAAAAGAUUUCAUUAGUUUAUUAUACAAUGUUAAAGCUGAAAAUUCUUUUCCAUUAGAAAAGUUUAGAUUUUUGAUUACUUCCAUUUUUUUUGAAAACUUCAACAGUCUUUAAUAGCAAAAUUUUUUAGGAACAGAAGACAGAAUGGCAUUUUAUUGUAUAGGAGUGAGAAAUACCAAUAAUCAUUUAAUAUCAAUCUCAAGAUAGUUUUUCAGGACAAAACUUUAAUUUUAUACACAGAAGCAUAACUUGUAAAUAGAAAGUGCAGGAAAUUAUGUAAAGUUUUUGCGAAAAUUCACCGACAAAGGCUACAAUCAAUUAUAAAACAAAUACCUAAAAUAUUGUCACUAAAUUAUAGUCAUGAAUCAAAGGAGAGAAGAAGAAAUGGAAUAUCACAAUGAAUGUGUCUCAAACUGGCGUGACAAAAUAAUCAAAUUGUUUUCGUCCAUAAAAUUAUCAUAACAAAAUCUGCAAUAUUUUCUUGCAAACAACUUUCGACACACAAAGGCAGAGAAGAAAAUGGCAAGAAGGAAAUCUUGCAAUGUAAAUACCGACCUGAUAAUAACACUAAAGUAAUAAUAAUAAUAAUAAUAAAAAAUCAUAAAUCACUAUAUCAUACAAUUACUGUAAAUAUUGCAUUAAUGUUAGUGGACAGAGAAACUUUUAAUUAGUGACUAAAAGAAAUGUGUUUUUUAAUUGCAAUUUUAGCUAAUAAUUUUUAUCUUAGUUAAAGAUGUUCUGUAAUAAUUAACAAAAUGGAUGGAGUUCAUUUUUAUGAAAAUAAUUUAAUCAAUUUAUUAUUAUACAAUUAACCCAUCUCCAAAUUAGAAAUAAAUAAAUUAUUUAUUUGCUGUCUUCCGUGACGCGAUUAAAAUGAAUGAAAAAAAAAGAUGAUGAAAUAUUGAAUUUUGUGCAAUUUACAAUUGUGUUUAAUGUGCCGCUCCAGAGCAAUAAAUAACCAGUUAAUAGGACGAUAAAUUCAUUUUAACGAUUCACUGAGAACAAGAUUACUAAAAGAAAAAAAAAAACAAAAAAUACAUUUAAAGAUGUAGACAAAAAUUUACUCUACUCUCUACAUGAUAAACUUUAAUAGAAGUCUUGGCGUAGAAUAUUUGGAUGUUGAUAAAAGAAAAUCAAUAUUUGUGAGAAAAAUGAACAAAAUCGUAAUUAAAAAAUUAUCAAAAUAAUUCCACAUUUAAUUUUAGAGGUGGUGACAAAUUAAAAAAAAAUAAUAAUUUUGCUACAAAAAAUUAUGGAAAUUUAUGUGAAAAAAUCAAUGCGUUAUAAUUGCUUAAAGCAAGUUUUUUUUUUUAAAUUGAGUUAAGGAAAUGACAGAAAAAGAAAUACUUAAAAUACAUACAAGAGGAGAUACUUACAUAAUUAAAAGAAAAUUUUAAACCAUUUUAUUUCUAUGAUGUCUAUUAAAACAUUAUGUUUCUUUUGUGAGUGUAAAAAAAUGUAAGUGAAGCGACAAAAGUAUCGACAUUCCUUAAAAGACAAAGUUUAAUAUCUAUUCGCUGAGUGAUUGUUAUUGAAAUACGUUAAAUUCUUGUAUGAAAUAAAUCCUUCUUUUGUAUUUCUACAAAAAAAAAGAACAAAGAACAACCGUUCAGAGAGAGAAAGUGAUGAGGAAUGAAUUAAAGAUAUGCAAGUAAUAAGGAAUGAAAUUCUUAGUAAAUUGAAAUAAAAAUUCUCUUGAAAAUUAUAUGGCCUGAAAA